AUGAAGCAAGUGUGCAUUCUUCUAGCGGUGCUGCUCUGCACGGCAGCCGUCGCGGACGCCAUCGUUUAUGUUUACGCUCCAACGUGUGCGAGAUGUAAAAGCAUCGGAGCGCGGUACUGUGGUUAUGGGUAUCUCAACCGGAAAGGAGUCUCGUGUGACGGACAGACUACCAUCAAUAGCUGUGCGGACUGCAAACGAAGAUUCGGUCGCUGUUCGGACUCGUUCAUUACGGAGUGCUUCAUGUGA